AUGGAUCGUUUCAACUUCGCGAACGCCUCGGACUCAACCCGAGCGGCUGAGAUCCUGAAGUCUCAGCUGGGGACCCUGCAGAGCUUGACACGGAAAUCUCCAGGCAAGGCUAGGGAAGACUCAGCGGUCGACGGUCCACCACUGGAGCAGCGAGUUCCCCGUUCGAUCGAUGACAGUGGGCGAGCAGAUCCUUUCUGCGUCUUCUGUAAGAAGAAUGGAGCACCCAAGGCUGUUUAUCGGAGUCACACCGUCAAGGAUAACCGUGGGAGCGUCGUUUGUCCCGUACUCCGGAAAUUCAACUGCCAUCACUGCAACAACGGAGGUGGAGAUCAAGCCCACACUGCGAAUUUCUGUCCUAAGAAGCGUGAAGUCUAUUUGAACUCAUUCCUGAAAAAUAAAGACGAACCUUGA